AUGUACUCCAGCCCAGGAGAUUGGCUUCACCUGAAGGGCUGGACAUCUAAGUUCCAAGAGAAAUGCAUCGUUGCUGAGCUUGGAUGUGAUAUCGAUGAAAACAUCCCCAAGAUUGGCCUUGAAGGCAAAGCUGGAUUCUCUGUCAAGACUUUCGAGGUCACUGCUGAAGUCGAAGUCGAUGUUACCUUCGCUUAUGAUAUGCCUGAUGGCUCCAUUUGCAAGGAAGUCAAGACCUGUGGCCCUGAGGGCACUGUCAUCCACAACACCCAGUGUGGUGGUGCUACUGCCAUCCGUUUCUUCCUCCCAACCUACAACAAGGUCAAGGUCUGCAAGAUCGGUAUCCACAAGAUCGAGUUCAACUGCGGCCCACCAACAAUCCCACCAACCAUCUCUAUUCCAGCACCACCACAGGAGACCCAGACUGUCAACCCAACUGAGUCUAUCCCAUCUCCUCCUUACCCAACUGGCCCAGCCCCAACCGGCCCAGCCCCAACUGGCGGUGUUCCUUCUCUGACCACCUCGACCGUCUACAGCACUUCUGAAAUUACCAUUACCAGCUGCGGUCCUGAAGUCACCAACUGCCCUGCCAGCUCCACUGUUGUUGUCACUACCGAGAUUCCUGUCUCUACCACCAUCUGCCCAGUUACCGACACUGAGCCCGUCCCAGUCCCAACUGACGUACCAAGCCCAAGCCAGUCUGGUGGUAUCCCCGGCCAGACCGGCGUCCCAUCUGAGACUCCAGUCCCAAGCCCAAGCCAGUCCGGUGGUAUCCCUGGCCAAACUGGUGUCCCAUCCGAGACGGUUAACCCAACUGAAAGCACUCCUGCUCCUACUGCUCCUACCACCAUCAUCACCUCGUCUACCUCCACUGUCUACAGCACUUCUGAGAUGACCGUCACCAGCUGCGCCCCAGGUGCUCCAAGCUGCCCAUCUGACUCUACUGUUAUCGUCACCUCUAUUGUUCCAAUUUCCACCACCAUCUGCCCAGUUACCCUCACGCAGACCGGCGGUGUCCCAGUGCCAACCGAAGGUACUCCAGUGCCAACCGAAGGUACUCCAGUUCCAACUGAAGGUGCCCCAGGUUCCACUUCUGGUGUUGAGCCAACUCAGAGCACUCCUGGAGCCCCAGUCCCAGUCCCUACUACCUACGUCACUCAAUCCACCUCGACUGUUUACACUACCUCGAUGAUGACUGUUACCAGCUGCCCACCAGGCACUCCUAACUGCCCAUCUGACUCUACCGUCGUCGUUACUUCUACCAUCGCACUCUCCACCACCAUCUGCCCAGUUACUCUCACCCAGACUGGUAUCCCAACUCAAGUCCCAGCCCCAACUUACGGUGCGCCAGGAUCUACCUCCGGUGUUGAGCCAACUCAAGUUACCCCUGGUGCCCCAGCCCCAUCCGCACCUGCUCCAACUGGAUCCGUUCCUGCUCCUGCCCCAGGCUCCCCCACUCCUCAGCUACCAGCGCAGUGCCCACCUGUCGUUCCUAAGUGUUUGAACACCUGGAUCACCAUCCCCAAGUGCAGCUCCAACAGCGAUAUCAGCUGCUUCUGCCCAUCCCCUGAAUUCACCGACAAGGCCAUUCAGUGUAUCCGAUCUUGGGGAUCUUCCGACGCUGAAGUCCAAGCUGCUCUCACCUGCUUCACUGCCAUCUGUAUCGAGCACAUUCCCAAGAACCCAGGUAUCGUAACUGCCAUCCCACCAAGCAUCACCCUUGGCCCAAUGCCUGUCACUUCAGUUCCAGGUGGCCCAGCUCCUACCACCAUCCCACAGACCACCAUUGAGGUCCCACAGGUCAUCACCGGUACCGAUGGCGGUGUCACCAGCACCAGCACCAUGAUCACUGUCCCACACAUUGGUUUCACCACCGCACCCGGCCCUAACCCAAGUGUCAUCUUGGCUCCUGGCCCAGCUCCUGCUACUACCACUGAUGGCGGUGUCUCCCCAACCCAGGUGCCUGGUGGCUCCCCACCAUACGGUAGCACUGGCUUCAUGACCGUCUCGCAGACUGGUACCGCGCCACGCCCAACCUCUACCAUCGAGCCUUACAUCGGUGCUGCUUCCAGCCUGGAGUCCCUCUCCUCACGAUGGAUCGUCAUGGGCAUGACCGCUAUUGUUGGCAUGCUUCAGUUCGCUCUCUAG